GCGGCAUUUCGCACUUUCUUAUUGCAGCUCCCAUUGCGCUCAAUUGCAAGCAACUUGAACGACAUUACGCAGGACAUCCGAACAAUGUCGGCAACAACAGCAGCAGCAACGGCAGCACCAGACUCGCUACCCCCACCACUCGCACCACAACCGCCGUUAGCUGCACCACAACAACGCGAAAAUGCCCUAACCCACCCAACCCGCAACUCCAUCCCUUUCGUGCUGCAAGCCACCACAGCGGCCGGAAUAACAGGCGCCUCGCUGGGAGCGCUAUUUGCGGUCGCCAAGGGGCAGAGUCAUGUUGCGUGGGGGUUUGGGAUGGGCGCGAACUGGGUCACGGCGUCCCUGCCCUUCUUUGGUUUGAGAGAGGGGAUACUGCAUUAUCGGUACGCACGUAAUGCAGCCCAGGGGAUAGAUAGUUUUCGGAUGCGGAAUAAGGACGAGCUGGUUGCGAGCAUUGCGUCUGGGGCGGUUGUUGGAGCCGGGUUGGGUUUCGUUUGGCGCGGCCCAAAGGCGAUAAUAGCAGGCUCAGUCAUGUACUCCCUCAUAGCCUGCAGCACCCAAACCAUCUACCUCCUCUUCCGGCAAUACCGCCUCCGCCAAGGCCUCGCCCAGCACAUCCGACAGCAAAACCCCUCCGCCGAGCCCCCACAACCCUGGUCAAUGCGGCGCCUGCUCACCCUCGACCUUCUUCGCCCCGACAGCCACCUGCCCUAUGACCACAGCGCGCAAAAAGAGCUAGAUCCGAUCGGCUCGGCGUUCAUUUGGGCGAGGGACGCGCUGAAUCGGAGCGUGGAUCUGCCCGAAUGGGCCAGCCCGCUGUUGAAUGCGUUUGAUGUGGAGUAUCGGAAACGCUUGAAUGUGAGGUUGGAGAUUUUGGAGGUGCAGGUUCGGGAUUUGAGGGAGAGUGUGGAGAGGAUGAAGAAGGCCAAAGGCGUGGCUGGCGGUGAGCGCUGAUGGAUUCCGGCAUAAACGAAACCUUCUACUCUACGAUGCGGCAGCUACUGUCGCUCUGCUCGUUCCGGGGUACAUCCCAGACCAUACGAACCUGCUAUUACGAACCACCAAAAUAGUACCAGCUGAUGAUGCGGCGUAUUGCACAGCCGUUCAUGUGUACAUACCGGAGUUUUAUACCAGCGAAAGCAGGACCUGGCUUGGACAUGUCGCUAUUCGGAACGUAUACCAACUCGGCGCACAUCCCUCAAGCUAGCAAACCUUCUCCAGCUGGCAUAUCAUCGUUGACCCAGAGCUGUAAAUAUAGAUUUGAAUGAAUUUGAUACCUAGUCACAUCGCG